GUCGACGAGUAGAGCUCCAGGGGGCUCGAGCCACGGGCCGGCCACGCGCGAGCUCAAGCGCGUCAACAGGAAUUGGAUGGGAGAGAUGGGAGGAGCUUUAACGUGGAGGUUAAAACCCAGAGCCCCCGCAGAGUGACCCACACUGAGACACUUCACCACUGUUUGACAGUGGACUGAAAGGCCAGACUGUGAAGACAAAUACCAUCGAUCAAACUUCCUGAGGAGGUCCCGGGACAAAUCAGCACUGAGUACUAUGAUGAUUAAGCCAUAUGUGAGACAAGGCGAGGGAGAGGAGGUCGUCAGCCCUCUGCAGUGGAUGGACGGAGACAUGAGCUCACCUGAUGGAGAUGCAUCAGUCUCAUCACACCACUACAGAGCAGGUGGAGUAAACCAACAGGACAGGGACAUGGGGAGUGAGGAUGCACAGGAAGACGAGGAGGAGGAAGAGGAAGAGGAGGGACAAGAGGAUGAAAACGAGUCCAAACGACGAGGGCCCAAGAAAAAGCGAAUGACAAAGGCCCGGCAAGAGCGAUUCCGUGUGAGGCGUGUAAAGGCUAAUGCCAGGGAGCGUUCACGUAUGCACGGUUUAAAUGAUGCACUGGAAAACCUGCGCACCAUCAUGCCAUGUCACUCCAAAACACAGAAACUGUCCAAGAUCGAGACAUUACGGCUGGCCCGCAACUACAUCUGUGCUCUGUCAGAGGCCCUGGAGGGGGGCCUUUCCACAGAGAGCAGGGCCUUCAUGGAGACACUGUGUAAGGGCCUCUCACAGCCCACCAGCAAUCUGGUGGCUGGUUGCUUGCAGCUUGGACCAGUUUCUGGUGCUGGGAUGAGGCCUGAGGACAGACACAGAGUGCUGGCAGCACCUGCUCCUCUCAGUGGCAUGGUAAGCUAUUCCUCCCCGGGCCUGCCAAGUCCACCAUAUGGCACUUUUGACUCUGCUCACCUGCUUCACCUGAGGGCGAUGAAAGGAGGAGUGUACGAGAAUCACUCGCCAAAUGAGUAUAAUGGCGGCGGUGUGGGCACCCCUCCAUACGACGGCCCCCCUACACCACCUCUGAGCAUCAGCAGUAACCUAGUGCCCAAACAGGAGCCUUCACCCCACUACCGACCCCCACACCACUACUCCCCCUCCCCUGUGGACCAGGGCCUGUAUCAGACUCAGACCAGCUAUGACGUACACUUAGAAGGGCCAUACGACUCCUACCAUCCACAGCACAUGCCCCCCCGACAGAUAACCUCCGUCUACAGAGACUAAGAUGGAUCAGGAGGGUCAAUUCUGAUUCAGCUAUCAAUAAACCAGACUGAUCGUCUUCACUCUUCAAUCCUUCAUGAACACUGACUGACACUGAAGGACCAGUCUCUCUGCUCCCAGAGAAACUGUAGAAUAAAAAUGGGUUGUUUACAUGUGUGGUGCACUGCUAAACAUUGUUAAAAUUAGAAAAUGCUUAAAC